ACAUUUAUGUCUGAUAUAAAAUUGUUUUUAUGAACUGUUAAUAUCAGGAGGAAGGAGAGCGAGUGCAACACCUUUUGCCUAGCCUAGAAACAGUUGCCGUGUCAACAUCAAACAUUUCAUUUGAAUACAAAAUGUAGCUUCAGUUUAGUGUAAUGUCAGAGUCCUCGGCGUCAGGUUGCAUUGAGGAGCAGCAGGCGGAGAAGCAGACUGUGAAGCAGAACGCAGGACAGCCGAAGGAGCAAAUAGAUCAACAAACAAAAGAACAGGUUGAGGAGCAUCAGGCAAACCAGAAGACUGAGGAGCAGCUGGAGGAUCAGGCAGAAGAUCGACCGGAAUGGCAGCGUCUAAUGCUGUCCAUUGCCUUCAAGGAGGCCGGCGAUAAGCUGGCGUUGCAGCAGCGUUCACAGCGCUUGAACAUGCAGAAGCCGCUGCCGCCUCUGCCCGCCUCGCUGCGUCGACUGCGCAGCUCCUCGAUUGGGCAGAAGGCGAUGCCGGAGCGAGUGCUGCUCACAGGGAAGAAGCUGCCGCGACUGCAAUCGCUGCUGGGCGAGACGGAGGAGGAUGCGGAUCAGCUGGACGAGUGUGUGCUGAAUGCGUUGAAGUAUGAACGUGAUAUGGAUGCACUGCGUGCAUUCUUCGAGGCGGCCAGACAGCAGCUCUUCAUGACGAAGGACGAACGGCAGCGGGAGCAGCCAAGUCGCCUGGAGCUGGCAAUUGGCCAGAUGAGUAGUAACAACAGCGAGGAGUCUGUGGCGGCCAAAGAGCUGCAACAGUCCAGGGAAGAGCUGAAGCAGCUGCAGGCACAGCUGGAGCAGGUGAAGAUUGAGGGCGUGGAAAAGCUGAAGGAUUACGAUGAGCGCAUUGCCGAUGCCAAAUACAACUUGAAGUGUGUCUCCCGGGUCAACGAUCUGGAGUACAGCUUAGUGGAGCGCUGGGAGGCGGCACGAGUUGGCCAGGCAGAGAUUUGGGGCGAGAACGCCGAGCGAGCCUAUCUGAGGGAUAUACUCGACUUCAAGCAGCGUCUCUCGCGGGAGCAGCGCGUCAGCCAGGAGCUGAGCUCCUUUCGCAGUCGGGAGAGGGCCGAUCUUCAGCAACGCAUCACGGAUUGGCAGCAGCGUUAUGCGAGUGAGCUGAGGAGAGUGGAACGUGAAAGCGAGGCCUGGGAACUGCGCAUCCUGGAGCUUACCAAGUCGCUGGCCCGUCAUCGCGAGGAGAACGCCCAGCAUGUGGUGUUCGUGAAUGAGUACAACGCCAAGAAGGAGGAGGAGCAGCGUCUGCUCGACCUGCAACUGCAUCGCAUACAGUGUGCCAUCAAGUUGCAGGCUUGGUGGCGUGGCACGAUGGUGCGACGUGGACUCGGUCCCUUCAAAAAGAAGCCGAAGCGUGGCAAGCGGGCUAAACCAAAAAAGUAGCCUAAUAAAUUGCGACUCUCACUCUGUGA